GUUCUUGGUCUGAAUUUUGUCUACAUGGUUUCUGCUAUAUGUACAACGAUUAGCUGUGCGGUAAAAUGGCUCUGUUUACUGUCAAUCGUUACAUGGGAAACGAAGACAGUCAAGAUGGGUCAACGGUAGACGCAUCUGUUGUUGAACAACGUCUGUCCGCCUUACACAAGCAAGCUGAAACAAGAAAACGGAAAAGAAGCAGUAGUGAGCUUUCAGUGCACGUGGAAAACCACGUGACAUCUCUGGAUAGACAACUGGAAACAAGAAAACCUAAAAAGACAACAAAGAAAGGAAUAAUUAAGAAACGGUUAAAAGACAAUAAACUAGACAAAGAGGCGGGUAAAUCUGAUGACAAAUCUUUAGUGGCAAUGGAUAGUGUUGAGUUCCAGACAAACACUGAACAAGUUGGAAAUGCGAGUGAGCAGAAACAUGACAUCGAGCAUCAAGCUGUUGAAAAUGCGGAUCGAGUAGACAGCACGUUGUCAUCUGAGAUUGGUGAUGGGCACGUAGCGAGUUCUCGUCAAACUGAAUUUGUAGUUUUAGGUAAGGAUUCUCGAAAGCGUCGUGUCAAGAAAGUUGCUCCAAUACUUCCCGACUGGCUACUUCAUCCGAGGGAGAUAAGUUCGGAUCUUGUCAACAAUCUGUUUGCAAUAGACAGUAUUGGGUUGUCUGACCAAUUAGUGAAGACUUUGAAACAGCAGAAAAUUGUGUCUUUCUUUCCUGUACAAAGCUCGGUUAUCCCGUUCAUACUUUCGUCCUUGUGUGGUCCAUUGCUAUCAACACAUGGUGGAUAUCAACCGAGAGACGUUUGUGUCUCGGCUCCGACAGGCAGCGGGAAGACGCUUGCAUACGUUCUUCCUAUCAUCCAGUGUAUGCAACAAGUUGUUGUGCGACGGUUGAGAGCUCUCGUUAUUUUGCCGACACGAGACUUGGCUUCUCAAGUUAGUCACGUGUUUCAUACAUUUUCUAAGGGAACUAAUGUGAAAGUGGGAUUAGUGACCGGUCAACAGAGAUUUACAAAGGAACAGCAGAUGCUGGUGGUGCAAUGUCAAGUGGAUGGGGGUGAGAAGGAGAGUUUGGUUGAUAUUUUAGUGACGACGCCAGGACGGCUUGUUGAUCACGUGACCUCUACACCUGGUUUCAGUCUCAAGCAUGUUAGAUUCAUAGUGAUUGAUGAGGCGGAUCGCCUUCUUGACGAGUCAUUUCAGGAUUGGCUUCAAAAUGUUUUUACGGCGUGUGGAAUGAUGUUAGACGCUCCGUCUUCUCAUCUCUCAUUUGACUCUCGACUUCAUGUUUCAUCUGCUGCCAUUACGGAUACAUUUCACAUGAUUCACAAGCCACUACAGAAGCUCCUUUUCUCAGCAACUCUAUCUCAGGACCCAGAAAAGCUUGCCAGUCUUCAUCUGUUUAGACCCAUUUUGUUUGCUAGUCGACACGCUAUGGAUACAAGUGGUGCAUCCAGUGCAUCUAAAGGCAUCUAUCGGACAUCUCAACAAUACUCAACUCCUGAUACAUUGAAAGAGCAUUACAUUAUCUGCAAAAGCGGAGAGAAACCACUCGUGUUGCUCUACUUGCUUACAGACCUUGGCCUUUCACACGUGCUUUGUUUCACCGGAUCGGUUGAAUCAACUCAUCGCCUCUUUCUUCUUCUCAAAUUGUUUGGGUCCAUCAACGUGGCUGAGUUUUCCUCAUCAUUAACUCAACGACAGCGUCAAUCAGUCGUAUCCGGGUUUAGACAGGGAGACAUACAGAUUCUUGUAUGUUCGGACGCUAUGGCUCGAGGAAUGGACAUCGAGAACGCAGAUCAUGUGGUAAGUUAUGAUGCUCCUCGGUAUAUGAAGACGUAUGUGCAUCGUGUCGGUCGUACGGCAAGAGCUGGAAGAGAAGGAAACGCUUAUGUCAUUGUGAGGGAAGAAGAAGCUUAUCAUUUUAAGCGAAUGAUGAGAUCGAAUGGCAAGAAGUUGAUGAAGAUUAAGAUCAAACUAGAACAGUUGGAUGGACUAGUGGAACGAUAUCAAAAAACUCUGGAAGAGCUAGAAAGUGCCAUGCAAAAGGAAAAAUGAUACUGACAUGUUUGAUAUGGUUAGUUCUGUUGACAUGUGCAUAAUUUUUAUUUUGGACAUGUAAAAAUUGAAAGAUAAAUAUAUAAUUUUGAAUUGCUCA